AUGAGUGACAAUAUAAAAGUAGUUAUAAAAGUUCGGCCGCUCAUACCUCGCGAGAUCGAAGACAAACUUUUCUACCAAUGGCGCGUAAACCAAAAUACAAUUUACCAAAUCGAUCAAAAUGGAAGAGAUAUCGGUCCAAGUUUCACUUACGACAAAGUUUACGAUAAGGCCGUUCAAACCAGUGAGGUUUACAAUGAUAUAGCUAAGCCAAUAGUGAAAGCAGCACUUGCUGGGUUCAAUGGAACAAUAUUUGCUUAUGGUCAGACUUCAUCUGGAAAAACAUAUACAAUGACAGGCACAGAUGAGAGUCCUGGAAUAAUACCUCUAGCUGUGUCUAACUUAUUUGAAAUGAUUAAGGAUAUUCCUGACAGAGAUUUCCUUGUGAGAGUCUCAUAUGUAGAAAUAUAUAAUGAGAGUUUAACAGAUCUAUUAGACUCAGAAAAAAAAGUGAAAAUACAAGACACAUUGCAAGGUCUGAAAGUUGACACUACAGAAAAACUGACAACAUCUCCGGAAGAGGUUCUUAAUGUAAUGAAAGAGGGUAAAGCUAACAGACAAACAGCAUCUACAAAUAUGAAUGAUGAAAGUAGUCGAUCUCAUUCCAUAUUUCAAAUUACUAUAGAAUCUCGUAAACAUAGUGAUGGAGAAGAAUCGGUGGGUACCGUUAAUGUCUCUCAGCUAAACUUGGUUGACUUAGCGGGCUCUGAACGUGCUGGGCAAACUGGUGCCACUGGAUUACGGUUUAUAGAGGGAACGCAUAUCAACAGGUCCCUUUCAAAUUUAGCACUUGUUAUAAAACAAUUGUCAGAAGGUCAAAAUAAACAUGUUAACUAUAGGGAUAGCAAAUUGACACGUAUCUUGCAAAAUUCGCUAGGAGGAAACGCGAAGACCAGUAUUAUAUGUGCGGUGACACCUGCCGCGGUCGAAGAGACUAUAUCUACAUUACAAUUCGCAAAUAGAGCCAAAUCCAUCAAGAACCGACCAGAAAUAAACGCAGUACUAACAAGCGCUAGCAUGAUUCAAAAUUUAACAAAACAGUUAUCUACUUUAAUGACAGCUCUUGAAAAUAAGAAAAAUGUUGAGCAAGAUAAUUGCAACUUACAACGACAAAUAGCAAAUUUACAACGCUUCAUACUAAACGGCUUUCAUCAACGAAGUAGUACUGAUAUGAUAUUAGGGGCUAGAAGGAAACUAUAUCAGCCCAGACGCAUGACCAUAUCGACUUUGCACUCAAUACAAGAGGACUCACCGCCUAAAUCCAUCCCUAAAUUCUGCACACCUAGUUUGAAAUAUAACCCUCUCUCAGUACCUGGAAGUUCUGACUUCGUACCCAUCAGUGCUGGACCACUUCCAUCUCUGGCUGAAGUGCCCCCAAGAGUCACAACACCACCACCAAAGAACAAAGUUCAUUUCAAUGAGUCAGUUAUAGAAAUAGAUAGCGAUGACGACGAUCCACAAACCUGUUCACCGUACCAUGUAUCAUGUCGUGAAUCGAAAACCCCACCCUGUAUAUUAAGAAGAAAUUGCAAAGAGGCUGAGAAGAAUCUUAAGGAUCUUGUUCAGUUAACCGAGAGGGAAAAAAUUUACUCGCCUGAUGUUGUAGAGUUGAUGAAUAAAUUGGAUGAAAAGUCAUCGGCGUUGCUAGCAAUUGAAGACAAUUAUAGAGCUUUAAACGACUCGUGUAAAGAAAAAGACGAGCUAAUUGAAAAUUUACAACAGAAAAUCACCCAAGUCGAAGGUGAAGUCAAGAGUCUAUCUACUGCUAAGACGGAAUUAAAUGCUCUCUGUAAAGAAUACCAAAGCAAAUUAACUGACUUGGAAGUUAGUUUUGACACUCUAAUGAAAAGGUCGAAAAAUCGAGAGAAUGAAUUACUUUCCCUUCUAGAGGAGCAAUCAGCUGAGAAAAAUCUGACGAGGAAUGGAACAUUCAAUUCUCCACCUCUAAGAAUAAAUGAAAAUAACCAACCGGUAGAGACAGUUUCUACAGAAAUUAUGGCCGUGACUGAGGAUUUAAAAACACAAAUUUUACAAAAGAACAAAUUUUAUUGA